CGGAGUAAAUUUCAUCCUGUCAUCAGGUCGCGGAGGAGGGGUUUGCUAAUACACAGUUUGCUCAGAGGAUCGAUGCUUCCUGGCAUCGCCUCGUCCUGCCUGUGUGUGUGUGUGCGUGUGUAUUUGUGUGUAUAUUUGUGAGUGUGUAUGUGAGUGAGUAUGUGGAUGUGGGUUAGGGUGCGUGCGUGUGUGGACGCGUGAGUGUGUGAACACCAGAUUUCCUUCUACCCCCAAGCCUUCCUCCGUCCUCUUCCACAUCACUCACAACCUGGCAUCUGGCGGCUACGAACCUGCAGUUUUCUCGGCGGAUAGUCGCCCAGCCGCCAUCGAGAGCUACCGCGAAGGAGGCGGAGAGGAGAAUGGGGGGGGGAAAGGCCAGGAAAUAGCAACCCCUCCUCCCCUUCGUCAGCCGGGCAAACAGAACUAUUCACAUAUCCCUAUUUUGUUAUUUAUUGAUCCACUUUAAAAAAAAAAAAGCAUUGCCCCGGCGCACAGCGAGGGUCCCUCCUUUUGCCUUGGAUGUGCCUGGAUGUCUGCAUCAAAGGAAGUCUCGCAACAGUUCAAACAAAACAAGAGGGACAAAAAAGGCGGGCCCCCCUCAGCUCCCCCAGCGCCGUUCUGGUUGUAAGAAAGAGAGAGAGAGAGAGAGAGAGAGAGAGAGAAAGAGAGAGAGCAAAGAGCCCAAACAAAGCUGCCACCCUCCGCAUCCCGAAAGACUCCGAACAGGUUGAUCGCGCCCGAGGAGACGCGAGGGCGCUCGGCGGUCUGGUCGCCGCUAAGUCGUUGAGCGGCCGAGAAGGAGGGAAAGGGAGGAAAACACACACACGCGCGCACACACACAAGCGCGCACGCCGAGAGAGAGGGAGAAAGAGAGAGAGGGGGGGGAAAACAAACCCCGCCAGCCUCGGAGCGGCUUCGGAUCUGGGAAGAGAAGUGAGGUUGCAGAAAGUACAGCGAUGCCAAGGCGGAAACAGCAGGCACCCAAAAGGGCGGCAGGUUACGUCCAAGAAGAUGAUCUGAAAGAUGAGGAAGACAUAAAAGAAGAGGAAGAGGAUGAUGAUGAGAGCAAUUCAACGGCUCAUCUUCAGGGUAGCAACGACCCUGGAACAGAUGAAGAACAUGAGGUGGGCCCUGAUCCAAAAGGAAGCUUCAGCUACCAGAAUUCCCCAGGGAGUCAUGUCUCCAAUCAGGAUGCAGAAAACGAAUCCUUGCUCAGUGAUGCUAGCGACCAGGUGGCAGACAUUAAAAGCCUCUGCUCCAAGGAGACAUCAGACUCCAAAGGCAAUAUCCAUCCCAAACAUCCAACAGAAGCACAUAGCUGCAUGGAUAAAAUGACAGCUGUCUAUGCUAAUAUUCUUUCAGAUUCUUACUGGACAGGCUUGGGACUGGGGCUCAAGUUGUCCAGUUCUGAUAAGAGGGGAUGUGAUAAUAGAAAUGGAGCAAGCAAAAGUGACUUUGAUUGGCAUCAGGAUGCCUUGACCAAAAGCUUGCAGCAGAGUUUACCAGUCCGGCCACUCUCCAAGCCGAACCUUUUCAGCUCAGUCCAGCUGUACAGGCAAAGCAGCAAAAUGUGUGGAACUGUAUUCACAGGUGCUAGCAGGUUUCGGUGUAGGCAGUGCAGUGCUGCCUAUGAUACCUUAGUGGAGCUUACUGUCCAUAUGAACGAAAGUGGCCAUUACCAAGAUGACAACCAUAAAAAAGACAAGCACAGAUCUACCAGCUAUUCCAAGCCCCGGAAAAGGGCCUUUCAGGACAUGGAUAAAGAAGAUGCUCAGAAAGUUCUGAAAUGUAUGUUCUGUGGUGACUCUUUUGACUCUCUUCAAGACCUAAGUGUUCAUAUGAUCAAAACAAAACAUUACCAAAAAGUGCCUUUGAAGGAGCCGGUACCUACCAUAUCUUCCAAGAUGGUAACUCCAAAUAAGAAACGUGUGUUCGACAUUAAUAGGCCUUGCUCUCCAGAUUCGACCACUGGAUCGUUUGCCGACACAUUUUCUUCUCAUAAGAAUGCCAAUCUUCAGCUAUCAUCUAACAAUCGUUAUGGCUACCAGAAUGGUGCCAGCUAUACGUGGCAGUUUGAAGCUUGCAAAUCACAGAUUCUCAAGUGCAUGGAAUGCGGGAGCUCCCACGAUACUUUGCAGCAACUCACAACCCACAUGAUGGUCACAGGUCACUUCUUGAAAGUCACGAGCUCAGCUUCCAAGAAAGGGAAACAACUUGUUUUGGAUCCCUUGGCUGUGGAAAAAAUGCAGUCGCUUUCUGAUGCGUCAGCCACUGACAGCCAGCAUUCGAAACCCUCCAGUAAUUCAUCAACUGAUUCUACAGCUCCGGCUUCAGAGCUAAAAAAGGAAAGUAAGCAAAAUAAAUCUGAGGAAGCAAACAAAGAUGAAAAAGUGAUAAAAAAUGAAGACUAUGAAGAUGUUCUUCAAAAACCACUGGACCCAACAAUGAAAUAUCAGUAUCUCCGGGAGGAAGAUUUAGAAGAUGCUUCAAAAGGUGGUGGAGACAUUUUGAAGUCUUUGGAAAACACUGUCACCACAGCCAUCAAUAAAGCUCAGAAUGGAGCACCCAGCUGGAGUGCGUAUCCCAGCAUCCAUGCAGCAUACCAGCUCUCUGAGGGAACAAAGCCUUCCUUACCGGUGGGAUCCCAAGUUUUGCAAGUUCGACCAACAGUUAGUAAUAAACUGAGGCCUAUUGCUCCAAAAUGGAAAGUGAUGCCUAUAGUACCCAUGACAGCUAAUCUAGUCCAGUGCAGCCAGUUGAAAAAAGAAGGAGACCCCAAGAAGGAAGCUCAUAAGGACUACAUUAAAGAUGGCAACAAGACAGACAUGAUUCCUCCAUAUCAGAAUGAAGGAGACUCUCCUCCUCAGGCUGAGAUGUGUGUAGAGUCAAAAAAGUCAGAGCUAAGUCCUUUGAAGGAGGAAUACAAGACAAAAGAAGAGGAGGAAAAAAUAAAAACAAAGGAUUCUGUGUCAUCAUCUCUCAGCAAUGGAUGCCCUACUGGGAACCACACUUCAGAGCUGCCUGGUUUAAAUCCACUCAGUGCCCUGCAGUCUGUGCUGAACAACCAUUUGGGCAAAGCAAAUGAGCCUUUGCGACCUCAGUCAAACUCCAGCCCCAAUUCAAGUUCAACGUCUUUGUUCCACAAACCAAAUUUAAAUAUAAAAGAGAAGCCUGUUCUGUCUCCUGUGUCAACGCCAGCAAAACCUGCUAAAGUUACAUCGAGGCAUUAUGUGUUUGAGAGCAACGAUCAACCAAUUGACCUGACAAAAUCAAAGCAUAAGAAAGGGGAAUCUGUCCAGGCUCAGUCUUGUACUUCCCCACCUCAGAAGCAUGCUCUGUCUGACAUUGCAGACAUGGUCAAAGUCCUUCCCAAAGCAACAACUCCAAAACCUGCUGUAUCCUCCAGAAUCCCAUCAAUGAAACUGGAAAUGGAUGUUCGGCGUUUCGAAGAUGUCUCAACCGAAGUCUCCACUUUGCAUAAAAGAAAAGGAAGGCAGUCCAACUGGAAUCCUCAGCAUCUCCUGAUCCUGCAGGCCCAGUUUGCAUCCAGUCUCUUCCAAACGUCGGAGGGUAAAUAUUUAUUGUCAGAUCUGGGCCCUCAAGAACGUAUGCAGAUUUCCAAGUUUACUGGGUUGUCCAUGACUACCAUCAGCCAUUGGCUGGCGAAUGUCAAGUACCAGCUCAGAAAAACUGGGGGGACAAAGUUUUUGAAAAACAUGGAUAAGGGACACCCCAUCUUUUAUUGCAGUGACUGUGCAUCUCAGUUUAGAACCCCAUCAACAUACAUCGGCCAUUUAGAAUCCCAUCUAGGUUUCCAAAUGAAAGACAUGAACAAGCUGGCUGUGGAGCAGCAAACCAAGGUAGAGCAAGACAUUUCCAGAAUUUCAGUUCAAAGAUCUCCUGAAACAAUAGCUGGAGAAGAGGACACAGACUCUAAGUUCAAAUGUAAGUUGUGCUCUCGGACAUUUGUGAGCAAACAUGCUGUCAAACUUCAUCUAAGCAAAACACACAGCAAGUCACCAGAACAUCAUUCACAGUUUGUAGCAGAAGUGGAUGAAGAAUAACUCCUAAGGACAGAUGCCUUAAUUCCCAAGCCUGCUCUGAACUCACCUCUGCAUGAUGCACCACUUCUGACAUUGAACUUCCAACAACCUGGACAGAGAAGAUUGCCAAAAGAAUAAUAAUAAUAAUAAAAAUCUCCAGCUAUUCUUCUUCAUCCUCACUAACAAUUUGGUAAUGAAGUAUUGAUUUCCACUCCCCUGCUUAUGGACGAUAUUAGAUUUUCAUUGAUAAACUGCACCAAGGCUGUCUGAGCUCCACUUUCCCUUUUUGCUGUCAGUAAAACAAAGUACCGCUGAAGUAGGAUAAUGACUGAAAACAUUGAUGUACUUAUUUUGUCAAUUUGUAACACUCAACGAGAAAAAAAAGAAGUACAAUUCUUCAUAGUUUAAUAUCGAGGCAUGUUCCACAAGAUGCAGUCACACUAGAAGCUUUGCUUUUCAUGGUAAUGUCCAUUUCCUAUUUAUAACCCCUUUGGGAUAGUUUGUUUAAAGGAAAUGUUUCAACUCAGUGCAGCUAUUACCCACACCUGGGCUGCCCAAUCCAGUCAUUGCACCAGGGAUCAAUACAUCACCGUAAGUAGAAGAAUUAUUAAGUUAAAACAGAUUCUGAGCCAAAAAAAACUCGGAACAGCGUUAAUCUUCCCAGCAAGUUGUUCAGAUUAACCAUGUUGCUGCCAAAGAUUUGUUGAAAAUGGAUUUCUGGUGUGUUCCCCCCCCCUUUUUUUUUUUUUUUGCAUCUAUAAUUCAUGUUGUCUUCUCUCUCUUGUUAACCAUUAUUAUUUAAAAUCUCCACUGUUCUGUUUUUCAAGAUGUAUGCAAUGGAGUAGAUUUUUUUUAAACAAGCCAACAAAGAUUGUGUGUAUUAAGUGCUAAAACAGUGAACUAUGAUACAGUCAUCUCUUGCCUGUAUUAUUGAGAUUUUUCUUUGUAGACUAUCUUUUCUGGCCCGGUGGCUUUCAGUUGGGUUUGGAAUAGAAAUUCCAGAUACAAUAUAUCAAAAGAAGAGCCAAAUUGGAGAUUUUUUUUCCCCAGAUUUUCGGUAAUAUGGUAACAAUUCCCAUCAAAUACAUGGGUGUCCAUUUACCUGUGGGGGUGGGGGUGGAGAACAAUGUUGUGCACAUCCUGACAUCAUUGUGCCACUGACAUUAUAAUGUGCAUGGCAUUACUGUUGCUUCUUUGGAUACCUAUGAAAAGAAGCAUUGCAUUUUGGUAUCUUUUCCAAAAUCCUGCUUAAGUUCAAAAGACUGUUUAUUGCCUAGAAAAGGGGAGAGAUGUUUUAUUGUUAAAAUGGUCCCUCUCAACUUUUCUUAUCCAUUAAAACUUUGGAAGUCCUGAUUUUAAUUUGUGGAAUAUUCACGUUAAUAAUGAGAUCUAAUUAAGACAUCCAUUAAAAGCCCGUUAAAGUUAAUUUAACGUAAAAAAUCCAAUAGAACCAUAUUAGAUUUUCUCCAUUAAAUUAACGUUAUGGAUUUUUAACGGAUGUCUUAAUUAUGUGUUAUUAUUAACAGGAAUACUGUAUUACACAGAUUAAAAUCAGGUUCUAAGUCAACUCAGAAAGCCUUCUAAGACAUUUGCAUGGAGCAAAUUCUCCAGCACCAAUACAUUUUUGGAUAGGGGUUAAAUAGAGGCAUAGCCUUCUUUUUCUCGGAUCGUCAUUUCCUGUAAUAAUAAUGCCAGCCCCUAUGAGAAAACAUACUUCUGCAUAAGGACAAAGCAAAAAUAAGACCAAAUAAGGGCACUUUUUGCUUUUCAAAAGACCAGUGAAUUGUGUCCUAUAACUAAAGUCUACAACUGAGAAACUACAUGGGGGAAAGGCAGAAUCAUUAGAAAAAUAACUACUGUAAAAGACAACAUCUGAAAUAAAAGGUAAAGCUGGUCCCACGUAAACAAAAUAGGUCACACCACAUUUUGUGUCACCUUCCGUUCUCAAGAACAGGUUUUAAAAAACGCUUCUCCAUCAGAACUGAGAAAUUCUGACAAGAUCCCUAAAUUCAACAUUCUGGGGGAAGAGGGAUAGGAAAAUUCCCUCCUUAUUUACCUCCUAGGGAAAGAGCUGCCCUUAUGCUGCAUAUAAUAGCAAAUUGCUUUUUUUUUAUGGCAUACAUAACCGAGAUGGGGGGGGGGGAAAUAUGGCGCUUGAGGGAAGGAGGGAAAAAAGUAAAUGAAGUUCCAGGAAUGUCAUUCUGAAGUAAUGAGGCAUGGACAGAAAAUAUACCCCUCACAUCAUCGGAUUGAGAUGGCAGUCGAAAUAGCUUCAUUGAAGUGUCAGCACUCAUCCAUCAAUCAAUCAUCCACAAGGAAAAAUAGCGACAAUACAACCGAGUAGCUUUUAUGGGAUUUACUCAUGAGCAUAGGGAAUAGCAGCUCAAAUGUAAUCCUGACAUGAAAGCAAGGUGCUGAUAUUAUUUUUUUUAUGAUAGGAGGAUCAUAAAGUGAAUUGAGAACAGUAAGGUCUGUCUUUGCUUAACCUAUUCAACUGGAAACGAACAGAGCCUUCGGAUGGGUUAAGAUGGAAGCAAUGUACGUGCUGCGGCAGGCUACUGUCUGUGGAUGGCGAGAUGCUAUUACAGACAAAUUGAUGCAUUAGCGCGGAUUUCCUCUGAAGCUGUUCAAUUGCACCAGGCCAAGUUGGGGAUGAUUCAAUGAAGUUCUGCAGAAACAUGCUUUGUUGUGUGUAAAUUAGGAUGAGGUGGGAAGCAGGUGGGGUAGAUAAAAUGGUCCAUUCCCCCAAAAGAUCUCCAACCAUAGCUCGACGCAAUGCAGAAUGAAGGUUCUGUUUAAUGGGAAGUACUUAUAUGCAGAUGGACAUUGACACAGAGCUAUAAGGGGAGGAUCUUCUGAGUAAAAUAUUGCCUCUGCCUUAAAAUCACAAGGUGAUCCCAGGUAAAUCUGCUUUUUUUUGAGGGGGGGCUCAGUCUCCACAAGUAAAAAAUGGGAGGAAUAAUAGCAAUCAUUAUCAUUCACCUUGCAGUUUGGUUUUCAAGUUACAGCCAAAUAAUGAGCAUUAAGACUUUCAAAACCUUGAAAUACAGGUAAUCCUCGACUUACAGCCCAAAAUUUAUGUUGCUAAGUGAGACCGUUGUUAAGUGAAUUUUGACCCAUUUUACAUCUUUUCUUGCCACAGUUGUUAAGUGAA